GGCGGCGGCGGCGGCGACGGCGGCGGCGGCGGCGGCUCGAGCUCGGCCCCGGCUCCGCUUCCCGCUCUCGACCCCGCCGCGGCGGCGGCGUCCACCCGCCCCGCAGCCGCGCUCGGCCCCGCGCAGGAGCGGCCAUGCCGCCGCGGCGCAGCAUCGUGGAGGUGAAGGUGCUGGACGUGCAGAAGCGGCGGGUGCCCAACAAGCAUUAUGUCUACAUCAUCCGAGUCACGUGGUCCAGCGGCUCCACCGAGGCCAUUUACCGGCGUUACAGCAAGUUCUUCGACCUCCAGAUGCAGAUGUUGGACAAGUUUCCCAUGGAAGGAGGGCAGAAGGACCCCAAACAGCGGAUCAUUCCCUUCCUGCCAGGCAAAAUCCUUUUCCGCCGCAGCCACAUCCGGGACGUGGCCGUCAAGCGCCUGAUCCCCAUCGAUGAGUACUGCAAGGCCCUGAUCCAGCUGCCCCCCUACAUCUCUCAGUGUGACGAGGUGCUCCAGUUCUUUGAGACCAGACCCGAGGACCUGAACCCUCCCAAGGAGGAGCAUGUUGGGAAGAAGAAGACUGGGGGCGACUUGGCCUCGGUGGACCCCCUGGUGCUGGAGCAGUAUGUGGUGGUGGCCGACUACCAGAAGCAGGAGAGCUCGGAGAUCAGCCUCAGCGUGGGGCAGACAGUGGACAUCAUCGAGAAGAACGAGUCAGGUUGGUGGUUCGUCAGCACGGCCGAAGAACAAGGCUGGGUGCCCGCCACCUGUCUGGAGGGGCAGGACGGGGUGCAGGAUGAGUUUUCCCUACAGCCGGAAGAAGAGGAGAAGUACACUGUCAUCUACCCGUACACGGCACGUGACCAGGACGAGAUAAACCUGGAGAGAGGGGCUGUGGUGGAGGUCAUCCAGAAAAACCUGGAAGGCUGGUGGAAAAUCAGGUACCAGGGCAAGGAGGGCUGGGCCCCGGCCUCCUACCUGAAGAAGAGCAGCGGGGAGCCCCUGGCCCCCAAGCCCGGGCCCUCCUCCCCCGCCCCCUCGGGCAUGCCCGAGCUGGAUGGGCUUUGCCGGCAGCAGAGCUCAGCGGGCCGGGACAAGGAACUGCUCAACCACCAGAGGGACGGCCGCUUGGAAGGACGCCUGGGGCCGGACAGUGACAGCAGCAAACAGCGAUCGCCCAGGAUGCGGCAGAGACCCCCUCCCCGCCGGGACAUGACCAUCCCUCGAGGCCUGAACCUGCCCAAGCCGCCUGUGCCACCGCAGGUGGAGGAGGAAUACUACACCAUUGCCGAGUUCCAGACCACCAUCCCCGACGGCAUCAGCUUCCAGGCCGGCCUGAAGGUGGAGGUGAUCGAGAAGAACUUGAGUGGCUGGUGGUACAUUCAGAUUGAGGACAAGGAGGGCUGGGCCCCUGCCACCUUCAUCGACAAGUACAAGAAGACCAGCAGUGCCUCCAGGCCCAACUUCCUGGCUCCCCUGCCCCCUGAAGUAACCCAGCUCCGUCUGGGGGAGGCGGCUGCAGCGGACCUCCUGGGCAGCGAAGCCACGGGCCCCUCCCGGCCCCUGCCCGAUGCCCCCCAUGGUGCUGCGGAGCCCGGGCUGCUGUGGACCAAAGACUGGAAGGGCGGGAAGGAGGGUCCGCGGAAGGUGUCUGUGGACAUGUUCUCGUGCGCCGGCUACGAGGAGAUCUCGGACCCCGACCUGGAGGAGAAGCCCAGCCUCCCGCCCCGGAAGGAGUCCAUCAUCAAGUCAGAGGGGGGACAGCUCCGGGCCGCCUCGCCCAAGCCCGGCAUGAUCCUGCCGCUGAUUCCCGCCAAGCUCGUAAGCCCGGCCCAGGACAGCCGGAGGCCUGAGCCCAAAGUGGACAGGGCCAAGAUGCUGCAGCUGAGGAACGAGAGAGGGCUGGAGUGUGGCCACAAGGUGCUGGCCAAGGAAGUGAAGAAGCCCCACCUCCGGCCCGUGACCAAGUGCAAAGCCGACCCCCCGGAGGAGAAACCGGAGGCCGCCCCCCCGAACCCCUUCUUAAAGUCCAAACCUCAGGUAAGGCCCAAGCCUGCACCGAGCCCCAGAGCCGAGCCCCUUCCGGGCGAAGACCCGGUGGACAUCUGCAACCUCAGGAGCAAGCUCCGGCCGGCCAAGGCCCCGGAGAGACCCCCGCUGGACGGGGACAGCAGCCCCCAGGCUCCUGGGGGCCCGGACGGAGCCCCCAGCCGUAGCCUCGCCCCCGCUGAGGGGCCUGGUCGCCCGCAGGACAGGACGGCCAGACCAGACGGGCUCGGACCCAGGGAGGGGCCCUGCCGAGUCCCCCCCAGGCCGGCCAAGACUGCAGAUCCGCUGCCCAAGAACGUGCCUGUCCCUCUCCAGGAGGCGGCCCAGCAGCGGCCGGUGGUGCUGCCCCGGCGACCACCACCCCCCAAGAAAACCUCGUCGUCAUCGUCCAGGCCCCUGGCGGAGGUCAGGGGGCCACCGCGUGAAGCCAGUGAGGGCAGGCCCCCUCCCACCCUGGGCCCGGGCCCGGGGCGGGCCCUGCUCGUCCCUCCCAAAGCCAAACCUUUCCUCUCCGGCGCUCUGGGGGCCCCCGAGGAUCCUCGAGGCAGAAGUGGCCCAGGGCCCCGGGUGCCGGGCCUGCUGGGGGACAGCAGGGAGAGGCUGCCCACGGGCCCUGUCCCCAGCCUCGACGGCCCGAAGGACUCUGUGUACGUGGCCGUGGCCGACUUCGACGGUGACGAGGACGCCAGCAGCUUCCAGGAGGGCACCGUGUUCCAGGUCCGGGAGAAGAACGGCAGUGGCUGGUGGUUCUGCCAGGUCCUGAGCGGGGCGCCCUCCUGGGAAGGGUGGGUGCCCUCCAACUAUCUCAGGAAGAAGCCCUAGCCCCCGGCCUCGCCCCGCCCGGCCCUGCUGGCUGACCCCCAUAUUUAAGGCACCUCUAAUAUACCAACCUCCAACGCAGCUGCGCAGGA